AGGCGAGGGUGGGGGGGGGGCAGAAAAGAGGGAAUGGAAGAGUGAUAAAAUCCGAGUCAGGCUUCCACAGGAUGAGGGGAGGGGGCGAGUUGGACCGAUAAAAGUUUUGGAAACACUGGCAGAGGAAGAAGGAAGCUGCAGAGGUUCCAUAUCAGCCUGCAAGAGUCGGUGUUGAUGGAAAAAGUCGGAGGCUGUUUGCGUGAAAAGAGGGGGAAGCUGCGUCCUCCUGCUCCUUCUGCUUCUGCUUCUCUGCUCGGCGAUGCUGCUGGACAUCAUCCAUCACCAUGUUCUCUGACAGCAGAGCGCCUGGGGAGCACAGAGGCUUCAAGCCUCCUCACUUCAUCCCAUGGCUGCGCAGCACUCUGAAGCCCCACCACGGCAGCGACCUGGGGCUCAACGGAGCUCACAAAUCCAACUCGGAGCUCCCCAACAACCUGACCCCGCCGGAGAAACCCCGUGGGAUCGGAAUCUUCUCUCUGCAGGGAAAAAAGCUGAAAAAGACAGAGAGCCGUUGCAAUGGCAUGGGGAUGUCGAGGAUGCUGCCGGUGGUGCUCAGAGGGCAUCAUAUUCUGCCGGGGAGUCUGGGGAAACAGAGGGAGGAAAGUCCUGUCAAGGAUACGGAACUGAACCAUGAUCCCAAAGGAGAGGAACUGGAUAAGAGCUCCACGUCUGAGCCUGCCAAGCACGCGUCUGAAGCAGAGCCCAACAACCACCUGAGCAUCGUUCACACUCAGCAUGACGGAACCACGGGAUCCAUCAGGAAAUACGGCCCGCUGGUGCCGCCCCCGUCGAUUCCUGCUCCACCGCUAUUUGGCGAGGAGACAGAGUGUAACACACCUGUUGUUGUGUGCAUGGAGGACAGACGGAGGAAAGUGUGGGACUACUCCAGCCACACGAUUCACCAAAGAGACCUACAUUCAUCCAGCUGGCUGAGUUCAGACUCUCAGGGACGACUGGACCGGCAGCACCGGGUCAAAUCCAGCUUCAGCACCAUCAGCAGAGCAUCACACAGCCAAAGAGACCUGAGGGUGCCGAGGGAUCCACCUGUGGAGGCGUUCAAUGGCCCGCUCAGUGGAGUCCUCUUCUCCACAGAGGUGCACCACAGAGGCCUGGGAUUCACCACCACCGUCCGAGGUCCGAGAAAACCCCGACCCAGUUCGCAGCACAUCACAGCACGGGACCAAAAUCCCAGCUGGAGCAAAGGCAACAGCAGCACAGAGAGGAGGAAACCUGGCUGCGACGUGAAAGAGGUGCGGGACCAGAUUAAGAGGGUCAUGGUUAAUCUGGAGCAAGUUUUGUCGGCACUGAGGAGCGUUCAGCAAGAAAUGAAAGAGGUGGUGCAGCAGAUAGACAAUCUGACUUCCUCCAUCGAUCUGGACGAGGAGGAGCAGCAGUGGCCGGGAGGAGGCGACAGCAGCUCCGGUGAGGAGGCGGUGUGUCCCGACAGCCAUCGACCUUCCGCACCUGAGCCGGGAGCUGUCGCCACGCUCCAGAGACGUGACUUGACCAGGAGUCGAUCUCCUCCAAACAUCCUGCUCUGCCCCGUGACCUCUGGACUGUCGUUAGAGAGGAGUCAAGGUCUUCGCUUCACCUGUCGCCUGGGCGGGUCCCCCAGAAUGGGAAGGUCCCUUCCGUUCGCUAAUAGUUCUCAUUCAUCUGCUUCAACUGUCAAAAACCCGUCCCUUCUUCAAAAUCUAACUUCUCAUGAGCCCAUGGUGUCCACCCAAAGAAGCCUCCCGGUUCGCCCGCCCACUCCAGGACUGUCCCCGCUGACAGUGAACCUCCAGCGCCCCAAUAGCCCAGGCUCGCAACCCCACUCCUCUGAGGUGUCACCAUCGAUCUUAGCGCCCCCAUCCUCCGGUCAAUCUCCAAACCAUCCUCCACCCCCUGCCCUCAGCCCGUCUGUCAUCAUAGAGACCCCCCAAGAUGAUCACCAGUCCUCACCCUCCCUACCCAGAGGUCCAUCCGCCAGCUGCCCACCCAGCGCCACACAGUCACUGUUGAACAUGACCCAGCAAAGACGAUCCCACUCAGCCGGGCCUGCUCAGAGAUCCAGGCAGGUGUGCCCCAAACCCACGGACACCAACAAACCUGCGGCAGCACCCGGCCGCAGAGGGAGGAGACCUCCACCUUACCCACACCACCGACUCUCUGAACCCACCAAGACAGAGAAGGAGCCCCGCAAAGCUCCCCCAUACCCCGAGAAAAGAAGACUGCUCUCAACCACGGUGUGAGACGUGGUGGCUGGAGAGAAGGACUUCCGAGAGGAACUGCUGGAGAACCAGCCACGGGUGGAGAGUGAGGGCGGCUCGCCUUUGUGGAGCUGUAGCAUCCGCCGUUGACUAAAUGAGCGAUUUGGCACUUGGGAUGCACUACCUCCUGUCGGGGCCUGAGAGGGACACAAGCAUCACCCCCCCUCCUGCGACAGUCCCCUCCCCACGAGAAAGAGAGCGGACCCCUACCCCAGAACAAACAAGGUCACAGCGCCGCCGCUGCAGGAAUCCCCGGCUAAUGACCGGGUGUCAGGACUGUCCUUGCUGCGGGACGGCCGACAAUUUGCCUCACUGCCCUGACAACCACAUCAGAGGUGCACUAAGUGGCUGGCCUCGCUCGGAGCCCAGAUAUUAACCUUCCAGGGGUCAAAUACAUAAUAAAUAAAUAAAAGUUUUCAUAUUU